AUGACUUGUCUCGUCGCCAUAACGAUCAUCCACAGAGCGAUCUUCGCGGCGGUCGUCCUGCAGGCGACCAUGCUGAAACUUCACCAUCAUUUCACCGCGGCGAAAUACCACGAGGCGACGAUCCACGUCACCAACAGGAUGAGCGGCAGCAUGGCGCUGAUAGUGCACUGCCGGUCCAAAGACGACGACCUCGGGGCUCGCGCCGUGGAAGCCGGCGCCAGCUUCGGCUUCAGUUUCGGCCAGAACGUCGUCGGAGAUGGGACGGUGUUCUGGUGCAAGGCCGCGUUCCGGGACCGGCGGCUCUCCUUCACGGCGUUCGACGAGGACGAUCACAGUUCGUACGUCAAGGAGUUCGAGGUUGCCGAUCGGUUUCCUUGA